CUCUUAUGUCAUCAGGCUCCACAUCUGAAAGAUGCCCAUGUAGUGGGACUUGCUGCUUUUUCAGUCCAUUUACAUGAGAGUCGGAUGUUGCUGGCGCCCCCAGGUUCUGAUGGCUCCUCAUUGGACAAAUUCUGGGAAUCUCUGCUAAACCCGCAGUGUUCCGGAUCUCUUCCUGUUGUCCUCAGGUUGUGUACGGCGGCCAUUUCCUAUGCCUGCUGCAGGCUGUCACUUCUUUCACUGGAGACAUCCCCCGACGCCAUCCCGCCGCUGUUCAUGGGGAAGAUUCAGCACCUCCUGCCCAGACUGGUCCUGGAUACAAGAUGGGAAGGGAUAGAGGAAGAGAUGGACACCCCGAUUGUGGUCAGCGCUCCGUCCCCUCCCUCUCCACGAUGGAAAGAAGCAGCGCUCUCUCUCUGGCGCCAGACACGCCUCCGGGAACUGUUUAAGAAGGAUUUAUUCCAGCUUUCAUUCAGGGAUUGGUUGCUGUGGGAGAUGUCUAUGAAUCCCGAUGUAGAUCCUCUGUCUGACAUGGAGAGACAGGACUACCAGCGAUGGGCGGUGAACCAGUAUUUUCUC